GCGAAACAUCUAUCUUUCUCUUUCCUCUCGUCCAUCCUGUCCCAGCCAUGCUUUCUGCCCUCCGUCCUCUCGCCCGCCCCCUCGCCAGGUCUUGCGUCGCCAAGCCCGUCGUUGCCUCCAGGUUCGCCGCGCUUAGGUUCGCCUCGACCACCAAGUACUCCACCGACCACGAAUGGGUAACUUUCGACUCUGAGACCAACAUCGGUACCAUCGGUAUCACCAACUACGCCCAGAAGGCUUUGGGAGAUGUCGUCUUUGUCGAGCUCCCCUCAGAAGGCACUGAAGUCGCCCAAGGAGAGACCGUCGGCGCCGUCGAGUCUGUCAAGGCUGCCUCUGACAUCUACGCCCCCGUCUCUGGUGUCGUCGAGUCCAUCAAUGAGAUCCUCGGCGACCGACCCAACCUGCUGAACAAGUCCCCCGAAGAGGACGGCUGGCUUUGCAAGGUCAAGCUCGCCAACCCCGCCGAGUUUGACGACCUCCUCGAUGAGACUGCCUACAAGGCCCACUGCGAUGGCAACUAGUCGCUGCUUUUCGAAAACGCUCAGUAUCCAUACUUCUUGCGCGCGUCCACCCCAUCAUCAUCGACAUAUUCAACUGGUCACUUUUCUCUUGUAUUUUUUUCAUCUUCCUGGCAGGAACUCGUCGGAGGCGUAUUGUGGGAUAUGGGGGGACGAAGAUGCUGGCAUGCAUAUAGGUUGUCAGAGGCGGAUCGUCACUGGUUGUCGUGUGCAUCCUUCUUGAGGAGCUCAGUUGGCAGCUUGACGAAUCUUACGACAGCUGGGCCUCGUUUGAGGGUCAACAAG